CCGCUCUCCUCUCGUCUCUCUCACAUGAUCAUCUCUUUUAUCAUUUUCUCUAUUCAGCCGGUCCCCCUCCUUGGUGCGGUCGCCUGGUCUCCUCAGCUGUUCUGAGAUCAGCUGUUCUCAGAUCAGCUGUACUGGACGGAUCUCUCCAGCUGUGUGCGGCUCUCCAAGUCCCGCAGACAGGGUCGGCCAUGUUGUUGUGCGGUGGGGGUUGAUGAGGGGAAGAAGAAAAAAAAAAGGAGACACCAAGAAGAAGAAUAAGAAGAAGAAUAAGAAGGCGGAUUUGAGAAGGCAGGACGAGACGAUGGGCUGCAUAAAGAGCAAAGAGAACAAAGGCCCUACGAUGAAGUAUCGGCCGGAGAAUUCCACGGCGUCGGACCCCAACGCCACCAUAACCACGCCUCACGUGGGUCACUACGGACCGGAUCCCACACAGCAGCAGCAGAACCAACCUCCCUCCUCUUCGUCAGGCUCCGGGGCUGCAAACUUCAACCACACCCUCACGCCGUUUGGUGGCGCGUCUGCCAUGACCCCCUUCGGAGGAGCGUCAUCCUCCUUCUCCGGCCCCGUGUCCAACUCGUUCUCUGGCGCUGUCUCAAGUGGCGUUACCUUCUUUGUGGCCUUGUAUGACUAUGAAGCUAGAACAACUGACGAUCUUUCCUUUAAAAAAGGGGACCGCUUCCAGAUCAUCAACAACACAGAGGGAGACUGGUGGGAGGCUCGCUCCAUCAACACGGGGAGGAACGGCUACAUCCCCAGCAAUUAUGUGGCCCCUGCUGACUCCAUCCAGGCUGAAGAGUGGUACUUUGGUAAAAUGGGACGUAAAGAUGCUGAGAGGUUGCUGCUGAAUCCAGGAAACCAUCGAGGAACUUUCCUGGUGCGAGAAAGUGAAACUACUAAAGGUGCUUACUCUCUCUCCAUACGAGACUGGGACGAUGCCAAAGGAGACAACGUGAAACACUACAAGAUCCGCAAGCUGGACAGCGGGGGAUACUACAUCACUACCCGAGCUCAGUUUGACACGUUACAGAAGCUUGUCAAACACUACACAGAGCAUGCCGACGGGCUUUGCCACAGGCUGACCACGGUUUGCCCCACGGUGAAGCCACAGACCCAGGGGCUCGCUAAGGAUGCCUGGGAGAUCCCCCGGGAGUCCCUGCGACUGGAGCUCAAACUGGGCCAGGGCUGCUUCGGAGAGGUCUGGAUGGGCACGUGGAACGGCACCACUAAGGUGGCCAUAAAGACGCUGAAGCCGGGCACCAUGUCGCCCGAGGCCUUCCUCCAAGAGGCCCAGAUCAUGAAGAAGCUCAGGCACGACAAGCUGGUUCCUCUUUAUGCUGUGGUGUCCGAGGAACCCAUCUAUAUUGUCACAGAGUACAUGGCCAAAGGAAGCUUACUCGACUUCCUCAAAGAGGGUGACGGCAAAUUCCUGAAGCUCCCGUUGUUGGUGGACAUGGCUGCACAGAUCGCUGACGGCAUGGCGUUCAUCGAGAGGAUGAACUACAUCCACAGAGACCUGCGCGCCGCCAACAUUCUGGUGGCCGACAACCUGGUGUGCAAGAUCGCCGACUUUGGCCUGGCCAGGUUGAUAGAGGACAACGAGUACACGGCGAGGCAAGGAGCCAAAUUCCCGAUUAAAUGGACGGCCCCAGAGGCUGCGCUGUACGGCCGCUUCACCAUCAAAUCAGACGUCUGGUCCUUUGGGAUCUUACUCACUGAGCUCGUCACCAAAGGCAGAGUGCCCUACCCAGGCAUGGUGAACCGGGAGGUGCUGGAGCAGGUGGAGCGAGGCUACCGCAUGCCCUGCCCCCAGGGCUGCCCCGAGUCCCUGCACGAGAUGAUGAAGCUCUGCUGGAAGAAGGACCCGGACGAGAGGCCCACCUUCGAGUACCUCCAGUCCUUCCUGGAGGACUAUUUCACCGCCACAGAGCCACAGUACCAACCUGGAGAGAACCUAUAGCCUGGACCCGUAUCCCUACGCCUGGGAGGACACUUGCUUGAAGACAUGAGCUCUUAAUUACUCGACGCUACCAAAAGUCGACUGGAAACCAGACUAACCAGUUGCAUAAACCACUACUUGCUCUACUCGUUUUAGAUUUUUGCUUUUGCUUUUGCUUUCAGCAUCCGCCAUCAUUUCAUUUUUACUUUUAUAUCUUUUAGUUUUCUUAAUGGUACGAGGCAAGUCUUACGUGAGUGUAAUGUUUGAUUAUUAAUGUGGAUUUUUAUCACAAUGAACAUUAAUGACACAUUUAUUUCAGUUAUGUUAAAUACACUACAUGUUUGGUUCUUUCUCAUGAACACAGUCUAUUGCUGUAUAAAUAAGCUGUGAUAAUCCUUUGCAAUAGAAAAACAUGUGGUUUAAAGUGGAGUUCUCGUGCUCCAUUUGCCUCAAAAUUGUAUUAUUUUGUGGUAAAUUGGUGAAUUAUGCAUCAAAACAAUUAAUUAUUAACAGAGAUAAUAUAUUUAACUAACAGGGAGAAGCUCUCGGGGGUGCCUGAUGGUCAUAAUCACAGUAAUUAUUUAAAAGUUAAUACCACACAGCUUAACUUAAGCUACAUUUCAUCAGCUGCAGUGUAAUUUCUUAUUUGUUACAAAUCAGUGACUACAGUGAGAACUGUGACAUGGUCUUUUAAUGCCUUUUUCUAAUAUUUUAAAAUGCAUUUUCACUUUUUUGUUUUCAUAUUAUUUUAAGACUUUAUCACAUUGUAUUCAUAUCACAUUGUUUUAUAGCGUCAUUUGAAGACUGUCCUGACUAUCCAUCAUCAUCAUAUGGAAAUCUCUGCUAAGACUUGCCAUACUUCUUUCUGUCCCUCGCUGACGGUGGUUGUAUAAUCUCUCUACGGAGGCAUGCUCACAGAAAAACAGUGUGCGUUAUGUGUCAGUGAGUUAAACAUUGAUGAAACUCGAGGACUUGCGGCUUCUUGCUAAGCCAGAAAAUGACACUUCACGAAUGCAAGAUGAUUUUACGGACUCUCUCUAGAAGUGGAAAUCAUGAACAAAGCAAUCGUUUUAUCUUCUACAAUGUGACUGACUGACUGACUGACUGACUGACUGACUGAAGCACUUGGGACUCUUUGGUGUUCAUGUAUCUAAAACCUGCUCUGCAGAAACUAUUUGUAAAGCAAUGAUGACAGUUUUUUUACAGGGAUCUAAUCUUUGCAUUUUGCUCUCGUAUAUUCAUUGGGGCAGUAUUAUGAUGGGAAUAACACUAAUUGACGACUGAGCUUGUAAAGAAGGGUUUUGUAUAUUACAAAAUGGUGUUUUUUUUUGUUGUUUUUUUUACAAUUAAUAAUAAAAAAUGGACAAGAUUGCAAAAUAUAUUU